GCAGCUUCAGCAAUUCCCUCACAACACAUCUUCCUCACCUCCUUUUGCGGCUUUUGCGCAUCCCAUUUGGUUUUCAUUGCUCGUGGUCUCCCGCCGUCGCCCGUCAUGUCGAGUCAACAGUGUCUCCGUCGCCUGCCCAGCGCAUUGCGCUCCUCAGCCCUGCGCGCAGGUGCUCGUUCUGCCGUCCGGGCUCCCUCGGCACGCAGCUACUCUGCCGUCACAAAGGCGACCUCGUCUGGCCUUCUCAGCCGGGUUUCAAGACGACCUGGACAGUUCGCGACACAACGCCUCUGGACCCUGGACCAGACAAGAAGCUAUGCCGAUGUCACCACCGUCAAGGUUCCUGAGAUGGCCGAGUCCAUUACUGAGGGUACACUGAAGCAGUGGUCGAAACAGGUUGGCGACUACGUUGAGCAGGACGAGGAGAUUGCGACCAUCGAGACCGACAAGAUCGACGUUUCCCUGAACGCGCCCCAGGCUGGUACCAUCAAGGAGUUCCUUGUCAACGAGGAGGACACUGUCACCGUUGGUCAGGAUGUUGUCAAGCUCGAGAUUGGCGGCGAGGCGCCGUCUGGUGGAGAGAAGGCUAAGGAGGAGCCCAAGGAGCCUGCUUCCAGUGAUAAGGAGACCGCGUCGCAACCCUCUGGCGAGCAGGAGCAGUCCAAGUCGCAGGAGCAGAAGCAGCCUGAGCCCAAGAAGGAGGAGUCGAAACCCGAGCCUCCCAAGCAGGAGUCGAAGCCUCAGCCACCCAAGCCCGCAGCCAAGAAGGACUCGAAGCCCGCGCCCGAGGAGGCCAAGCAACCCGGCAGCCGUGGAGAGAACCGCGUCAAGAUGAACCGCAUGCGUCUCCGUAUCGCCGAGCGCCUAAAGCAGUCCCAGAACACCGCCGCCUCGCUCACCACCUUCAACGAGGUCGACAUGUCCUCUAUCAUGGAGUUCCGCAAGCUGUACAAGGAUGAGAUCCUCAAGAACAAGGGCGUCAAGCUUGGCUUCAUGUCCGCCUUCUCGCGCGCCUGCAUCCUUGCCAUGCGCGACGUUCCCGCCGUCAACGCGUCCAUCGAGGGCCCCAAGGGCGGUGACACUAUCGUCUACCGCGACUACGUCGACAUCUCCGUCGCCGUUGCCACCGAGAAGGGUCUCGUCACCCCCGUCGUCCGCAACGCCGAGAGCCUCGACAUGGUCGGCAUCGAAGCCGCCAUCGCCGAACUCGGCAAGAAGGCCCGCGACAACAAGCUCACCAUCGAGGACAUGGCCGGCGGCACAUUCACCAUCUCCAACGGCGGCGUCUUCGGCUCCCUGAUGGGCACCCCCAUCAUCAACCUGCCCCAGACCGCCGUCCUCGGCCUGCACGCCAUCAAGGACAAGCCCGUCGCCAUCAACGGCAAGGUCGAGAUCAGGCCCAUGAUGUACCUCGCCCUCACAUACGACCACAGGCUGCUCGACGGCAGGGAGGCCGUCACCUUCCUCGUCAAGAUCAAGGAGUACAUCGAGGACCCCAGGAAAAUGCUGUUGUAGGCGGUGCGUGGCACACGUGGCUUGGUCGUAGAGAAUGUAGUUCCCUUUUGUACAUGAGUGUGGGUGGUGCCGGUCAAUAUCUGGACAACUGGCAUACGUGAAGUGCGUUAUCUCGAGGUGUAUGAGUAGUUGAUCAAGUGCAUAAUGAGCGUUAUCUAUCCA